AGCUGAAACAUUUCUGAAGAACGGCGUUUGGCUAAGGAGCCAUGGAGCUGGGAGAGGGGAGCCCUCAGCACAUAAGGUGUUACUUGAAAAUCCUUUGCAAUUUUUUCGAGCUGAGCUUUGGGUCAAAGAUAUAAAUGAUCACACUCCCAUGUUCCUAGAUAAAGACAUACUUUUGAAAAUCUCAGAAGGUGCUGCUCCAGGAACCUCAUUCCAAAUGGAGAGUGCUCAGGAUUUGGAUGUAGGAAAGAAUGGUGUCCAAAACUACACCUUAAGUCCCAAUCCUCAUUUCCACCUUAAAUUACAAGACAGUGAGGAGGGCAGACAUUACCCAGAGCUGGUACUGGACCAAUCUCUGGAUAGAGAAAAGGAGCCUGAGGUUAGAUUGACGCUAACAGCGGUGGAUGGUGGGUCUCCGCCCAGAUCUGGAACUGCAGUGGUGCGUGUGCUGGUUUUAGAUAUCAAUGACAAUGCCCCAGAGUUCGACAGGCCUGUCUAUGAGGUUCAAGUACCAGAAAACAGCCCUCUGGACUCCUCAGUCGUCAAGGUGUCUGCUACAGAUUUAGACGCAGGAAUAAAUGGAGAACUAACUUACUCAUUUUCGCACGUCUCCAGAGACAUACGGAAAACAUUUGAAAUCCAUCCAGUUACUGGUGAAGUCCAUUUAAAAGGGCCUCUGGAUUUUGAGUUAAUUCAGUCUUAUACAAUAAAUAUUCAGGCCAUUGACGGUGGGAGUCUCUCGGGGAAAUCAGCAAUUUUAGUUCGGGUUGUAGAUGUGAAUGACAACCCACCGGAAAUAGUCAUAACAUCUCUUACCAGCCCCAUACCAGAAAAUUCGUCCCCUGAAAUGGUGGUCGCUGUUUUUAGCUUACGAGACCAAGACUCUGGGGACAACGGAAGGAUGGUUUGCUCAAUUCAAGAUGAUCUCCCUUUUAUCCUGAAACCAACGUUCAAGAAUUUCUUCACUUUGGUCACCGAAAAACCACUGGACAGAGAGAGCAGAGCCGAGUACAACGUCACCAUCACCGUCACCGACAUGGGGACCCCCAGGCUGACAACCCAGCACCACAUAACCGUGCUGGUCUCCGACGUCAACGACAACGCCCCCGCCUUCACCCAAACCUCCUACACCCUCUUCGUCCCCGAGAACAACAGCCCCGCCCUGCACAUCGGCAGCGUCAGCGCCACCGACGCCGACGCGGGCGCCAACGCCCAGCUCACCUACUCGCUGCUGCCGCCCCCGGACCCCGGCCUGCCGCUGGCCUCGCUGGUGUCGGUCAACGCCGACAACGGCCACCUGUUCGCCCUGCGGGCGCUGGACUACGAGGCCCUGCAGGCCUUCGAGUUCCGCGUGCGCGCCACCGACCGCGGGGCGCCGGCGCUGAGCGGCCAGGCGCUGGUGCGCGUGCGCGUGCUGGACGCCAACGACAACGCGCCCUUCGUGCUGUACCCGCCGCAGAACGGCUCUGCGCCCUGCACCGAGCUGGUGCCCAGGGCGGCCGAGCCCGGCUACCUGGUGGGCAAGGUGGUGGCGGUGGACGGCGACUCGGGCCAGAACGCCUGGCUGUCCUACCAGCUGCUCAGGGCCACGGAGCCCGGGCUGUUCGGCGUGUGGGCGCACAACGGCGAGGUGCGCACGGCGCGGCCGCUGAGCGAGCGCGACGCGCCCCGCCACCGGCUGCUGGUGCUGGUCAAGGACAACGGCGAGCCGCCGCUGUCGGCCAGCGUCACGCUGCACGUGCUGCUGGUGGACGGCUUCUCGCAGCCCUACCUGCCCGCGCGCGACGCGGCGGCCGACGCGGCCCCGGCCGACCCGCUCACCGUCUACCUGGUGGUCGCGCUGGCGGCGGUGUCGUCGCUCUUCCUGUUCUCGCUGCUGGCGCUCGUGGCGGUGCGGCUGUGCCGGCGGAGCGGGGCCGCCUGGGCGGGGGGCUGCGCGGCGCCCGAGGGCCGCUUUCCGGGCCCCCUGGUGGAUGUCAGCGGCGCGGGGACCCUGUCCCAGAGCUACCAAUACGAGGUGUGUCUGACAGGUGGCUCAGGUACCAAUGAAUUCAAGUUCCUUAAACCAGUUAUCUCCAACCUCCUGCCCCAAAAUCCUGAAAGGGAGGAAAGCCACACCUUUCUGAAUGGCUUUGGGUUCAAUUAAGGAUUUCAUUAUUACGCAAAACUUUUAGAAUCAGUGCUACUUCUUUGUAAAAUUUAUUCAUUGUAAUGUAAAAUUCUUUCUUUUGGGUAAGUUCACUGAGAGCUCUGAAAUUUCAACGCCUGCUUUCUGCUCUUCUUUAUAGUAACUGAGGAAAAACUGAGGGAGCUAGAAUUUGUUUAGCCUUUCUUCCAAAAUGCAGCCUCAAAUAAUUUAUUUAAAUACAAAUGGAGCAAAAGUAGGUUUACAGUUGUUCUAAUUGCUGGUAGGUGGUGUAUUAAAAUAAAUUCUAAUCUUAUUUAGAUUAAGGGAUAUAUCCAGCCACACUUCCCGUUGGAGAACUUCCCUGUAUGACCCGAGGGAGAAUCACUACUGAGAUGCUUGUUCUAUUUUUCUUUACUUUUCCUAACGAUUUUAUUGGUCCAGCAAUGGACUCCCGAUUAAAGCAAUGCUUGUCACAUUCUCCAAGCCCUUAAAUUGGCAAUUAAGAUGUAGUUUUUCUUGAUUUCUUGUAGCUAGGAAAUAAAUGCUAAACAUGG